GAUCCCCAACUGGGUCCUCUGAGUUACAUACUGGGAACAUUUGUACUACUCGUUACAGCGUGACUAUUGACCUGGGCUCCUUUCCCUGAGCUCAGGUCAGGGCCAGGGUGGCCUUUCCUCCUGCGCCCCGCAGAUGUUGGGCACUCAGCCAGCUUAGAAAUCUGGGCUUGUAUUUAGGCACUUGCAAAAACCUAAGCUUAGGGAAAAGGCGCUUGUGAAAAACCCAGCCUCAUAACCCGUUAGCCCUGUCCAUCUAGCAGCCCAGCUGGGAAAUCUUCAGUUUCUGGCUCUGACAUUUGUUGUCAUGUCCCCUGAAAUUUUUGUUAUUCAGCUAAGUGCCAGAGGGGCAGGAGGUUUUUACGAGGUGCCUCUUACCGUACGUGAGGGAGGGGGAAUGUCCCUGCAGUAAGAGCAAAGUGUAUAAAAAAGGGGAAGCCGCACUCAAUGGAUCAGUCGCUCGCUCGUCUCACCGAGCGCACAGCUAAGAUGAUGGUCGCUUGUCUGCUCCUCUUCAGUGUCUGGACCGUUGCGUCAGGCUCUGUGCAGGUGAUGCACAGAAAGGUCCAGUCGGUCCAGGCAGGAGGAAACGUUACUUUUUCAUGCCAGUUGGUCAAAAAAGAAGAUGUGCUACAGGUGACCUGGCAGAAGGAGACAGACGGGGCUGAAGACAACAUAGCGACUUACAGUACGAUGAACGGCCAAAAGAUAGCAAAGGGCUAUGUCGGUCACGUGAGCUUUGCCCACACUGAGUUACAAGUCUCAGCCAUCUCCCUUCAUGGUGUCACCUUCCAAGAUGAAGGAUGCUACAAGUGCAUCUUCAACACGUUCCCCUUGGGGGCUGUCUCUGGCAGGAUGUGUCUCAAGGUUUACGCCAUCUCGGACCCCAAAGUGGAGGCUAGGCUCAUAUCCAGUCCAGACAAAGCUGAGGACUCUGAGAAAGUGGUGGGGAUGAGCUGCUCAGCAACAGGGAAGCCAGCUCCAAAAAUCACCUGGCACCUUCCCAGCAUCCUGCAGCAGAAACCAAGGGAGUACCACAUCAAGCUCGGCAACGAGACUGUGACCGUCAUCAGCAAUUUCACCCAUGCCCACCCCAAAAUCCUCCAGGAGUACCCCAUUGCCUGCGUGAUCCAACACCCCUCUCUAAAUGUGACCCUGGUCCUGCCGACGGACAGCCUGGUGCAGGGUCCAGACAGCAGCGUGGCACCGGCCAUUGCCAUUGCAGUGGGGGUGCUGGUCACCCUCACUUCCCUCCUCCUUCUCGCCUGCCUCCUCCGCCGCUGCCUCAGGCACCUACGUGACCCAGAGAGAAACCCAGCCCGGCCGUGCUGGGUCCUUCCUGCCUGUACUAAGGCCAAGAAGUGCGGGCAGUAUGGUGCUGCAGGCAGGCAGGCUCCUGCAAUGCCCCCCAGCCCCGGCCCGCUGCUGAACACCUGAGCAGCUGCCUGCCCUACACAUGCAAGAGAGAAACGUCUUACAACAGUACCUUGGGCUCCAAGCAAACCUGCUGUGACUCACUCCAAGAGAAAUACAAAAAAGGACGAUUUAUAAUAGAUAUUUAUUUAUUUUGUUACACUAUAAUAUUCCGUUUUGUAGAAAAAAAGCUGUAAAGUAUUUAUUUGAGACUCAGGCUGACUGUGUGGGUCUGCAUAAUGAAACUGAUGUUUUGUA